UGGACGCCAGUUGAGGAAGCAAAACAGAUCAGAACCAAAAUCAGUAAUUGAUCCAGUAGUCUGAGCGGUUCCGGUUCGGAUGGAGCGAACAUGAAGCUCAGCUACUAGAGUUCGAGCCGCUGUUGGUUCUUCCCGCCUGGUUCCGGUUCUUGACCCGACACCGCCUCAAUGAGCUCCAGGGUGUGCCGGACCUGUGGGGGGUCCGACAUCGAUGUGGACCAGGCCCGGGGCAGCGCAGUGUGCACGAGCUGCGGCUCGGUUCUGGAGGACAACAUCAUUGUAUCGGAGGUCCAGUUCGUGGAAGGAAGUGGAGGCGUGUCGUCCGCCGUGGGGCAGUUUGUGUCUGCUGAUGGUCCAGUUAAAGCUCCACUCCUCGGUUCUGGUUUCCACACUGGAGUCGGAAAGGAGUCCAGAGCCCAGACGCUGCAGAACGGGAAGCGUCAGAUCCAGCAGCUGGGCAGUCAGCUGCAGCUCAACCAGCACUGCCUGGACACGGCCUUCAACUUCUUCAAGCUGGUGGUCAGCAAACACCUGACCAGAGGCCGGCGGACGGAGCACGUCAUCGCCGCCUGCCUCUACCUGGUGUGCCGCACCGAAGGCACGCCCCACAUGCUACUGGACCUGAGCGACCUGCUGCAGGUGAACGUCUACAUCCUGGGGAAGACCUUCCUGCUGCUGGCCCGGGAGCUGUGCAUCAACGCGCCCGCCAUCGACCCCUGCCUGUACAUCCCUCGCUUCGCUCACAUGCUGGAGUUUGGAGACAAGAACCACGAGGUUUCCAUGACGGCGCUGCGCCUGGUGCAGAGGAUGAAGAGAGACUGGAUGCACACGGGCCGCCGACCGUCCGGCCUGUGUGGAGCAGCUCUCCUGGUUGCGGCGCGGAUGCACAAGUUUCGGCGCUCGGUGAAGGACGUAAUCGGCGUGGUGAAGGUGUGCCAGACCACUCUGAGGAAGAGGCUCACAGAGUUUGAGGACACGCCCACCAGUCAGCUGACCAUCGAUGAGUUCAUGCGGGUGGAUCUGGAGCAGGAAUGUGAUCCGCCGUCCUUCACUGCCGGCCAGCACAAGGUCAAGAUGCAGCAGUUGGAGCAGGAGCUGGCCCGGAAGCUGGACGAGGUCGAAGGAGAAAUCAGCUGCUACAAGGAGGAGAUCGAGACGGAGCUGGAAAAGAGCCGGCCCAAACUCAGGGGGAUCUACGCCGCCUACGCCAAGGAAAUGGAUCCGGAGGACGAGGACGUCCUGUCCUCUCCGUCCGACCCGGAGGACAAGGAGGGGGACGACGCCGACCUGCGGGCCGCCGCCCAGCGGCUGACGCAGGACUUCCUGUGUCAGGUUAUCCGGGAGGAGGAGGGGGGGGCGCCACAGGAAGUGGAAACGGAGGGGGGCGGGCUCCCGGCCCACGGCGCCCCUCUGGCCUCCAUCCUGGGGAACGCCAGCCUGGGCCUCCAGGAGACCUUUCACACCUCCGGUCCUCCGGAACCGGACCAGAACCCAGACGAGGAUCCGAGCGGAGAUCUGGACCUGGAAGGAAUCGACGAUCAGGAGAUCGAAAAGUACAUCCUGAACGAGAAGGAGGUGGAGGUGAAGACGGAGCUUUGGACCAAGCAGAACGCAGACUACCUGAAGGAGCAGAAGGAAAAGGAGGAGAGGAUCACCAAGGAGAAGGAGCAGGGGACCUACAAGGAGAAGAAGAAGAAAUACAAGAAGCGUGAGCAGAUCGAGGCGGCCACAGCGGGCGAGGCCAUCGAGAAGAUGCUGGAGAGGAAGAAGAUCUCCAGUAAGAUCAACUACGACGUCCUGAGAGACCUGAACCAGCCGGCAGGAAGUCCCGCCACCGAGCCCCCAGGGGGCGCCGACGUCGUCCCGCGCAAACGCCUGAGCCGCCGCCGCAGGAAGGGCGGCGACGCCAACGCGGAGCUGUCCGCCAGCGCCAACAUGAUGACCAAGAGGUUCCGGCGCCUCAUUUCCUCAACACCACGGAAAAAGAAAACCUCUCUGCAGGUGGAAACAGCAGUUGUCAUGGAAACGGCACCAGAGGCCGUACCUGAAGCUCCUCCUCCUGCAGGCCCCGCCCCCGCCGAAGCCCCGCCCCCUGUGGAGACGGAGGAGGAGGAGGAGGAGGCAGAGGAAGACUGCGUCAGCGCACUGCAGCUGGUUGGAGAUUACGGCUGUGAGGAAGAGGAAGUGUUUUAGCUCCGCCCACCCUGAACAAACUCCGUCCAGCCAAUCAGAGGCCAGCAGGUCAAUCAGCUGAACCAGAACUUUUCACUGCGAGGCGACUCGGACCGACCCGGAACCGGCAGAACCAGCGUGUGACAGGAAGUAUGUGAGAGAGAGGAAGUGUGUGUCGCUGUACUUUGAUGAUGUCAUGUCCGACCCGAACAGAAUCAUGACUCGGCAGAAACAUUCCGUAAUAAAUGGACUGGAAGCCCA